AUGGCUGCCAGAACGCUGCGGAUAGGUCAAUUGCCCUCAGUGAUGAAUUGUCUUAUUCCGGGAGACGGCAUUGGACGGGAAGUGAUCCCGGCCGGUCGACGGAUUCUGGAGGCUCUGCCCUCGUCAUUGGGUCUCAAGUUCUCGUUUGUUGACCUCGAUGCGGGAUGGGAUACCUUCAAGCGUACGGGAACUGCUCUUCCCGACAAGACGGUGGAGGUCCUGAAGAAGGAAUGCGAUGGAGCCUUGUUUGGAGCAGUCAGCUCCCCGACCACCAAAGUUGCCGGCUACUCCUCGCCCAUUGUUGCCCUCCGUAAGCGUUUGGACCUCUAUGCCAACGUGCGCCCGGUCAAGACCACUGCCCGCGGUAGCGCCACGGGCUCGCCCAUUGAUCUCGUUAUUGUUCGCGAGAAUACGGAAGACCUCUACGUGAAGGAGGAGACCACGACCGAGGGUCCCAACGGUAAGGUUGCGGAGGCAAUCAAGCGCAUCUCGCAGCGCGCCUCGUCUCGCAUUGCGACCAUGGCCGGUGAGAUUGCGCUCCGACGACAGAAGAUCCGUGAUGUCUCCCCCGCUACCGCAUCCCGAUCCAAGCCCAUGGUCACCAUCACCCACAAGUCCAAUGUCUUGUCUCAGACAGACGGACUCUUCCGUGAGACGGCUCGCGAGGCUCUGGCGGCCGAAAAAUACAGCUCGGUCGAGGUGGAGGAGCAGAUUGUCGACUCCAUGGUGUACAAGCUCUUCCGUCAGCCUUCUUACUACGACGUGAUCGUGGCUCCCAACCUCUACGGCGAUAUCCUGUCUGAUGGUGCGGCGGCACUCGUUGGAAGCUUGGGUCUUGUCCCCAGUGCCAACGUGGGUGAUGGCUUCGCGAUCGGCGAGCCUUGCCACGGAAGCGCUCCGGAUAUCGAGGGCAAGGGGAUUGCCAACCCGAUCGCAACGCUGCGCAGUGCGGCGCUGAUGCUGGAAUUCCUGGGUGAAGAGCCUGCGGCAGCGAAGAUCUAUGAGGCCGUCGAUGCCAACCUGGACGAGGGCAAGGUGCUUUCCCCAGAUCUGGGCGGGAAGGCCACCACUCAGGAGGUGCUCGAGGACGUGCUGAAGAGGCUGUAUGCAAGUUGUAUGUCUAGACCGAUAUCACCCAUAAACUUAACGCCCAACUUAUAG